AUGCUUCCAAUACUGCUGCAACAGGGUCAAGACAAUGGCCAAGAAGAGGCAAUAUUCCGUUCGGCACCAAUGACAUUGGUUCAGUUUUAUGUGACUAUUGAGCUUGCUCGAGACGUUGUUUAUGCACUAGGAAAACUCGGAGAUGUUCAUUUCAGGGAUUUGAACUCGAAGUUGACACCGUUUCAACGGACAUUUGUAAACGAGUUACGGGGUAUUGAUAAGAUAGAAUCACACUUGGAGUAUUUGCGGAGUACGAUGACCAAGUAUGAUACGAUAGGAGCCACACCAUAUCUGAGUUUGCAGGCCGAUCAAAGGCCGUUGCCAUCGGCAUCAGAAAUGGAUAAUAUCAGGGCUGAGGUAACUACAUUUUACGAGAGAAUCAAGCAUCUUGAUAGCUCGUAUAACUCAUUAGACCAGCAAAAGUUAAAGUACGUUGAGAACCGAUACGUGGUGACCGCGGUCAACCGAUUCCACUCGUCGUCUUUGACGAGAGAGGAUGACAUAGAUCAACGUUUUGCAAUCCAUGGAGAUACAGACGACGAAGAUAACAUAGCGUUGUUAAACAAUAGAAAUAAUAGCUUGGAGAAUCCAGUAAUUGAUGCUGCCAUUCUUGAGGACUCAGGUUUCAAUUCCAUUUCCGGAUCGAUUGCAAGAGAGAAGGUUCCACUUUUAAGGAAUAUAUUGUGGAGAACAUUGAGAGGUAACUUAUUCUUUCAUGAUAUACCAAUCGAAGACGAAAAAAUGUCGAAUUUCAGUCUGAAAAAUACCGAAUUUAUAGAUAAGAAUGUGUUCAUCGUAUAUAUCCAUGGGGAAUUUUUGAAACAGAGAGUCAGAAGAAUUAUACAAUCGCUAGACGGAAUAAUUUACGACAAUGUCAAUGGGGGAUCUAGCGCAAGAGCUGAAACUUUAAGUGAUUUGAAUCACAAGAUUGAAGAUUUGAAUAACGUUGUGCAAAGCACAAGAGAACAUUUAAUAGCUGACUUGCUUAUUUUCCAAGAAGGUUAUCUCGAUAGAUGUUAUUCGGUUCAAAGAGAAAAGUUAAUAUAUCAAACGUUGAAUAAGUUUGAUAUGGAUGGUACGAGAAGAUGCCUCGUAGGAGAAGGAUGGAUUCCUAAAUCUGAAUUUUCGACCUGCCAGCAAACAUUCAGAAACUUAAUUCAUCAGAAGUCCCGUCACGUUAUACCAGAAAACAACUCUCAAGAAUCAAUUUCGUUGUCGGCUGACAACACAGGAGCAAGAUCGACACCAGAACCGCAAAAUACCGAUGAAUCAUUUGCAAUUGGUAAUGCAAAUGUAGAUGAAACUAUGGACAUAGAGAAUGAAGAUUAUAAUUCCUUAGUUGCGGUCGUCAAUGAACUUUCUACAAAUCGUACUCCACCAACAUAUCAUAAAACGAACAAGUUCACAUCGGCUUUCCAACUGAUCAUUGAUGCGUAUGGUAUUGCUACUUAUCAAGAAGUGAAUCCAGGUUUAGCAACUGUUAUUACUUUCCCCUUUAUGUUUGCUAUUAUGUUCGGUGAUUUAGGACAUGGAUUCAUUGUAUUCUUAAUUAGUUUGUAUUUGAUUAAGAAUGAAUCUCAUUUUGGCCCAAUGAAAAACAAGGAUGAGAUUUUCGAAAUGGCUUUCAAUGGCAGAUACAUUGUAUUGUUAAUGGGGUUUUUUUCUAUGUACACGGGAUUCAUUUAUAAUGAUAUUUUCUCAAAAUCAAUGAGCUUUUUUAAGUCUGGUUGGGAAUGGAACUUCCCAAAAGAUUAUGAUUUUGGAAAAGAUGGCCCAAUAACUCUAAUUGCUAAAAAAAUACCAGGACACACAUAUAUUUUUGGAUUAGACUGGGCAUGGCAUGGAGCUGAUAAUAAUUUGUUGUUUACAAAUUCGUAUAAGAUGAAAUUGUCUAUUUUGAUGGGUUUCAUUCACAUGAAUUAUUCAUUAUUUUUCAGCUUAGUAAACUACAGGUAUUUUAAGUCUAAAGUUGAUAUUAUUGGUAAUUUUAUUCCAGGGUUUUUAUUCAUGCAAAGUAUCUUUGGAUACUUAUCGCUUACUAUUAUCUAUAAAUGGUCUGUUGAUUGGUUAGGUAAAGAGAAGCAACCACCGGGAUUGCUUAAUAUGUUAAUCAAUAUGUUUUUAGCGCCAGGAAGUAUAGACGAACAACUUUAUCCGGGCCAAAAAUUUGUACAAAUUGUUCUUGUAUUGAUUGCAGCAGUUUGUGUUCCUUGGUUAUUGCUUUAUAAGCCGAUGACUUUAAAACGUCAAAAUAAUAAAGCUUUGGAGUUGGGAUAUUCUGAUUUACAUUCACAGAUGAAUCACAGUCUCCAAAUGCACGAAGAGGAGGAAGCUAUUAUGUUAGAAAAUCAAUUGAAUAGCGAUCCACCUGAUGAAGUUGAUAUGUUAGAUGAUAAUUUUAGGUUUCCUAAUGAUGUUGAGCCAUUGUUUCAUAAUUCUGCUCAUUCUGAUGAUCAUGAUUCGUUCAAUUUUGGUGACAUCGUUAUUCAUCAGGUUAUUCAUACUAUUGAAUUUUGUUUAAAUUGCGUUAGUCAUACAGCUUCAUAUCUUAGAUUAUGGGCCUUGUCAUUGGCCCAUGCUCAAUUAUCAACAGUGUUAUGGUCAAUGACUAUUCAAAAUGCAUUUGGGACGUAUGGUGGUUGGGGUGUAUUUAUGACAGUGGUAUUAUUUGGAAUGUGGUUUAUUCUUACUGUUUGUAUUUUGGUUUUGAUGGAAGGCACUUCCGCUAUGUUGCAUUCCUUGAGAUUACAUUGGGUUGAAGCUAUGUCAAAGUUUUUUGAAGGUGAAGGUUAUGCAUACGAACCUUUCACGUUUGAGUCGAUUGAUAUAUAA